UAAAUGUCAGACUCUGUUUGUUGAUGUUGUUUGUGUUUUCAAUUUUCAUAAUCAGCUGUUCUCUAAUUUUUGAAGCGUUUUGUUUUAUAUACAUAAAAGCGAAAAUAUUCACGUUUGGAAAAUGGCAAAUUUUGAUUGGGAUGAUCAUAAUCGUCGCCAGGUACAGGAAGGACGUGAAAUCUUAGAACGAACAUCGGCUAGCUUAGCUCGAUCCAACCAAAUCGCAAUCGAAACCGAACAAACGGGGCAUGAGGUCAUGUCCGAGCUGGAAGUUCAACGGGAAUCAUUGCUACGGAGCCAACGCAGAUUGGAAAGCGCCAAUGAUGGAUUAUCAAAGUCACGUUCCAUACUCCGGGCCAUGCAAAGGAACGUACUUUACAAUAAGUUGAUACUCAUUAUGAUUAUCGUUAUGGAAGUUUUGAUACUAGCCGGAAUGAUAUACAACAAAUUUAUUCAUUAGUUUGAUUCUGUACAUUCCUUAGAAUCUAUAUUUUUAAUAACCAAAGUUGUAGUGUUUACCCCCAUGCGAUGUAUUUUAUGAUCAUUAAAUUUUAUAUGCUGGACAUUUUAA